AUAUUGCUUUGAAGUGGCUACGGCAGAUUCACAACACUGUGAGGAAGGAAGUCUAUGAUUCCUUUUUUGUCAGAGGACCUCCUACUGAAGUGAUUCAGGCUCUUGUUCCAGCUUUAUCUCAAAAUGAAAACUCUAAGGAGGAUCAUAACAUUUUUUGUUUGAACAUUGAAAGAUCCUAGCACGUACUUCUGGGUAUCUUAUUUAUCUAGCAGUAGCAGAAGCAACGUGGACACAUUUUCUGAUAACCAUCACUGAUGGUUGCUGAAGAAACAGGAGAUAGUACAAUAUAACGAAAAUAAUGAGUAUGCAGAUGCAGAUCACUUGAUACUCUUCUACUUGUCAUUUCGGAACCAGUGCAACUACAGAUGGACAUAAAGUAUUUGGACUUGUGAGAUGAAAAAUAUUCUGUUAGAUUUUUUCAUCAGAAGCAUGUUAUAUUGAUAUUGGUUAAUUUUGCUAGCAAUAAUUGGAAAAACAAUGGUCACAGAUGUGUGUUGGAGACUAUUGAUGUCCAGCAUUGACAAAUAAAAAAGAAAGGCGGAAGUAGUUGAUACAAUCUCAUAACAUAUUUAGUUAGCCUUUUCUGGAUUGUUGGUGAAAGGCUGAAAGCUAUUGAAUGAUUUAGUGGAAUUAACGCAUAUGUUGAAAGGGUGGUCGCAUUGUGGAACAUCUCGCAUGGAAGCAACAUAGCAUUAUGAGGAGCAAUUGAUUUGCACAAUUCAACAAUUUGUUCCUAUGGUAUUUCUUAUCAUUUUAAGCAAAGAAAAUGAUUUAAAAGUAGAAACCGAGGCCACUCAAAAUCUCUUUGACUACCCAUGCUAUUAAUAUUAUGCUUGCUUGAGAAUAAGGGGGUGGGCCAGAUUGUUGCAGAGUUUAUGUUUCUCAAUAAGCAUAAUGAUGGCGUUCUCAACCCAGAUAGAACAACUUUCAUCUCAAGGCUUGCACAACUACUUGCAUCUGUUCCAGAUAAAGCAAGAAUGGGAGCCUCAUCUGCACUUACAGCGUCGUCAUUCUUCAAGAGUGUUGUCAGCCAACUUCUUGUUCGAGCGGAAGAAGCAGCUAUCGAGUCGUCUGCUAACAAAGAGUUUAACGAACAGGAUGCACUAAGUUCUGUGUUGCUCUUUGUGGGUGAAGUGUUAUCCCGUGUUAGCCGUCGUGGAUCUACUGGCAUUUUAGUUGCUGAAUUGAUCCCUAUGAUCCGUAAUCACUUACAAAGAUGUGUAGCACCAGACUGUAAGACGAUAAUUCCUGACAUGAUCAAGCAUGUUCCUCAGUCUCGGUUUUGGUUCACUGUGAUUGAAGCAUUGAGAGAUCAGCAUUCUAUUGAAAGAUUGACUGAAGAGAUGUUGCGCCAACUUGCAUCACACCAUUUAAAUGAUGAAGAAGCGUACUGGAUUUUGUGGACUCUGUUUAAUCAGAGUAUCAUGCAUAUUGCUGUUAUGAGGGCAAUGUUUAUUGACAAAUUUUUGCUUUGGAAAACAUUUCCAUUAUGCUGCCUGAGAUGGAUUCUUCAUUAUGCUGUCUUUGAAUUCCCACCAAAUUCAGUCGCAGAAGCCCAAAUGCGAAGGACAUCAAACUUCCUGGUUACAUUGCAAUGUUUAGUUACUGUUUGGUCCAAGAAAGAGUUUGUUCAGUCAUAUUCAGUGGAGCAACAAGCUUAUAUCACUGCAGCAAUAGGGUUAUGUUUGGAGAACAUGUCAAAAGAAGAAUUAGAAAUGAAUAGAGAUGUAUUAAAUUGUAUUCUUCAAGGAGUAAGCUGUAGGUUAGAGAGCCCAAUUGAUUUAGUCCGGAAAAUGGCAAGUGCUGUUGCAUUGACAUUUUCUAAAGUCGUUGAUCCAAAAAAUCCUCUUUACCUUGAUGAUGACUGUUCUGAGAAUGUUGACUGGGAGUUCGGGGUUCUCUCUCCAAAGGAGAUCACAGCUCCUUCACAUGAUGUAGAAUUUGGAAGCAAAUCAAAACCAUGUCCACGUAAGAACAGGAAACAUGCUGGUGACAAAAAGGGAAAGACUAUCAAGCAUGAUAUUUCAGAUAACAGAGUAAAAAUCAUAGAGAUCAAGUCAAAACUAGAUUCUGAUGAAAUGUCUGGCGCUGCUAUAAAUUUUGAGGAACAUUAUGACGAGGAAAGCAUUAACAUUGAUGCUUCCAGUGAUUCAUCCCUGGAGCCGUAUGAUCUGUCAGAUGAUGACACUGAUUUGCAGAAGAAUUUCACACAUCUAAGUGAUCUUGCAGCUGCACUGCGAAAACCUGACGAUCUAGAUGGUGUUGAAAGCGCUCUUAGUUCUGCCGAAAAGCUUGUGAGGGCAUCACCUGAUGAGCUGCGCCACUGCUCGGGUGAUCUUGUUCAAGCACUGGUACAUGUUCGUUGUUCUGAUGUCGCGAUGGAAGGCGAGGAAGAUUCUGCUGAAGAAAAGCGACAGAAGGCAUUAGUCGCUUUGCUGGUAACCAGCCCAUUUGAAUCAUUAGAUGUUCUUACCAAAUUGCUAUAUUCAUCGAGUGUGGAUAUAAGUCAGCGUAUUUUAGUUAUUGAUGUUAUGACUGAGGCAGCACAGGAACUUGCUGAAACUAAAAUUGUAAAGAGUGAACAGCGGCAUGGGAACUUGAUAUCUGAUACUUCUCCGUCUUGGCUGGUUCCUAGGGAGAGCGGACCUGUUGGGGCAAGCCCUUGGAGAGAGGUAUCAGAAACAGGAUCACUUUUGAAAAAUUGGUCACACCGGUAUGAAAGAGAAGUUCCAUCUAGACCAGGCCAGGUUAAAUCAGGAAAAUCUCGCAAAUGGGGUCUUGGGAAAGCAAAAGAUUCGCAGGUGGAGCGGUCAAAAAACAGAUUUCCUUUGUAUGCUGCUGCAUUUAUGCUCCCGGUUAUGGAAGGAUAUGACAAGAGAAGACAUGGGGUGGACUUGCUCAAUCGGGAUUUUGUUGUCCUAGGUAAAUUGAUAUACAUGCUUGGUGUCUGUAUGAAGUGCAUGGCAAUGCAUCCGGAAGCAUCAGCCAUUGCCCCAGCUUUUCUGGAUAUGAUAAGAGCCAGGGAGGUCUCGCAACAUGCUGAAGCAUAUGUGCGAAGGUCUGUGUUGUUUGCAGCUUCUUGUGUAUUGAUAGCCUUGCACCCGUCAUAUGUUGCAUCAGUUCUUAUAGAAGGCAACCAGGACAUUUCUACUGGUUUAGAAUGGAUACGUACAUGGGCCUUGCGUAUUGCUGAAGCUGAUCCUGAUACAGAGUGCACAUCGAUGGCCAUGAACUGCCUGCGGCUCCAUUCAGAGAUGGUGCUCCAGACAUCCCGCGCCCUGGAAUCUGCAGAACAUUCCAAGGCUGGCACCAGGGCACUACCUUCUAAGCCCGAUAACAUUAUAAUACCAUUCGCAAACAUGAUGUGAUCUGAUGCAGUCUUGAAGUUGUAAAGGGAAUUUUCUUUCUCAUUUGUGUUACCGUACUAUAGAUUUUUUUUAGUCGUGCUAUAGAAUUGCUUUAGUGUAUUCUUUGUUUAGAAUAAUAACGAUUUAGUGUAUACUGCA